AUGACAAUUGCAAAAGGGUUGGAACAUUGCACGAAAAAAGUCAGCAGCGAACAAGGAAGGAAACAUCGCAGGACAUGUCUCGAUUACAAAUUGAAUACUGCAAUUGAGAAGAAACUUAAAAAGGCACGCGAUGCUAUAGUUAAUAUGCCAAACAGCAAAGAAAUUUAUGCGCUUAGCAUAUGCUUUAGAUUGUCAAUUUUAAUUUCUUUCCUGACUUAA